AUGUCAUCGAAAGAAAUUGCGUCUGCUGCCCACAUUGAAGUCAACAACAGAGAUUUCUACGACGCGCAAGACCGAUCGCAGACACGGGGUGGCACUUUAGACCCGAGACUGGGUGCUAUCAAUAAGCGAGCUGUUUGUGAAACUUGCCAAGAAAGUCUACAAGAAUGCAUCGGGCACUUUGGAUACAUCCGCUUAUGCUUGCCUGUCUUCCAUCCAGGUUACUUUAAAGCAGCGUUGAAUACACUACAGAUGAUUUGCAAGCAUUGCUCGCAUGUCAUGAUCAAGCCAAGUUUACGACUGAAAUAUGUUACCAAAUUGCGAAACCCAACCCUGUCUUCCAAAAGCCAUAUCCGUGGAUCCAUUCUCCGAGAAGUCUGGACGCAAUCCAAGAAAGUCUCACUUUGUCCGUACUGCGACCGAGCAAAUGGGACUGUCAAGAAAACAGCUGUCCUGAAAAUUGUGCACUAUCCUGCGGACAACAAACCACCGUCAAAAAAGAAAGACGAAGAUGAUGAAGAUGAUGUGCUUAAUGACGACGACGAGGACCUCUUCCUUGCGGCUGAUGACCUGAAUCCGUUGAAAGUUCUACAGCUUUUUGAAAAGAUACCUGCCGAAGACGUUCAGCUUUUGGAUAUGGAUCCUGAAAUUGGAAGACCCGAACGAAUGCUAGUUCAAUAUUUACCGGUCCCGCCAUUGUGCAUCAGGCCAACAGUGUGCGCGGACCCCUCUGCUGGAUCAACUGAGGACGAUUUAACUGUGAAGGCCGCGGAAAUUGUACAAGUAAACAGUGCGAUUGCGCAGCUCAUGGAGAAAGGGGGAACCACCGCAACUGUGUUUGAUGCGUGGGAUCAGAUGCAGUAUGAGGUAGCUAGAUACAUCAACUCCGACCAACCUGGUCUUCCGCUGGUCCAAGGAGCAGCAAAACCACUGCGUGGUAUUUGCCAGAGACUAAAAGGAAAAACAGGCAGAUUCCGAGGGAACCUGUCCGGAAAGAGGGUCGAUUUUUCGGGAAGAACUGUUAUAUCUCCAGACCCCAACCUUCGUAUCGACCAGGUUGGAGUCCCGCAACGUGUUGCCAAAGUAUUGACAUAUCCCGAACGUGUAACAAAGUUUAACAUUGACCUCCUGAGAAAGAUGGUGAGAAAUGGCACUGAAAAAUACCCCGGUGCAAAUCACAUUGAAUAUCAAGACGGUUCUAAAAAGUUUUUGAAGUACGGAGACCGCAAGAAGAUCGCAAAAGAGCUUUCAUUUGGUACUAUUGUUGAACGACAUCUUAUCGAUGGUGAUAUUGUCUUGUUCAAUCGUCAACCAAGUCUACAUCGAAUUUCUAUCAUGGCCCAUCGUGUGAAGAUAAGCCCGCAUCGAACAUUUCGGUUCAACGAGUGCGUCUGUGCUCCCUACAAUGCUGAUUUUGAUGGGGAUGAAAUGAAUCUACACGUCCCCCAGACUCAAGAGGCUCGAACUGAGGCAUUAGAACUAAUGGGUGUUGUGAACAAUAUCAUGACUCCCAAGAAUGGGGAACCUCUAGUCGCGGCAACACAGGAUUUCAUUACGUCGUCGUAUCUUUCAACGAGAAAAGACGUAUUCAUGGACAGAGCAGAAUUCACGAGGGUACUAGCCACCAUGUCAAGCGCUGAGUUUUCUUUACCUCUCCCUCAACCAGCUAUACAAAAACCGAUGGAGUUGUGGACUGGAAAGCAGUUAUUCACCGUUCUGAUACAGAGUGCGGCCCUGUCAGCCGGUGCCACGAAAGAGCGCGUUAGUAUGGCUGACAAGAGCUUCACUGAGUCGGCUGACGCAUAUGUGUGCUUUCGCGGAGGAGAACUCAUGUGCGGGCAGGUUGGGAAGAAAUCGUUGGGAGAUGGCUCAAAGAAGUCUGUUUUAUACAUACUUGCUAGAGAGUGUGGAAACGAAGCUGCUGCAUAUGCCAUGAAUAGACUUGCUCGUUUCUCUGCCAGGUGGCUCACGGAUGGUGGCUUCUCAAUCGGGGUCGAUGAUGUAUCCCCAUCCUUGGCGCUACAGAGAAUUAAGGCCAGGCUCGUGAACGAUGGGUACGAGAAAUGUCAAGAAUUUAUCGAGCAGCUUCGGGUUGGUAAACUUGCUCCUCGUCCAGGGUGUUCACCGGAAGAAACCCUCGAAGCAGUUCUGAACAAGGAAUUGUCAAAUAUUCGAGACGUGGCGGGGAAAGCUUGUUUGAACGAAAUCGAUGUACGCACGAACGCCGCAUUGACAAUGGCACUAGCCGGUUCAAAAGGGUCCACCAUUAAUAUAUCUCAGAUGAUUUCGUGUGUAGGGCAGCAAACUGUUGGCGGCGGCCGUGCUCCUGACGGUUUCUUUGGAAGGGCAUUGCCACAUUUCGAAUUGGGUUUGAAGGCGCGCUCACCAGUUGCGAAAGGAUUUGUAUCCAACAGUUUCUUUAGUGGCAUGAAGGCGACUGAGUUCUUCAUGCACGCUCAAAGCGGUCGAGAGGGGUUGACUGAUACUGCCGUGAAGACUGCCGAGACUGGUUACAUGCAACGACGGCUGGUCAAAGCAUUGGAAGAUCUGAGCGUGCAAUACGAUUCCACCGUCCGUUCAAGUAGUGGCUCUGUGAUACAAAUUCGGUACGGAGACGAUGACCUAGAUCCGAUAGAGAUGGAAGAUCCGAACGACGGAAAACCGGUCAAUUUCUCAAGGCUUUUAGACGCAAUGGUGAAAGAAUUAUCUGACGACCUGUUGGCCUCAAAGCUGCUUCCCAGCGAGGACGAAGAAAAUCGCGGCGGUCUUGCCCACUGCAUCAAAGACGUACAGAAAUUUCUCAUCAAAUUUGCCGACAAGCAAGAUGAGCUAGAGAGCAGUUUUGGAUUGAGACGAUCUCAGGUCAAGGAAUUUCUACGGCACGUUCAGGCCAAGGUGCGGAAAGCCACUGUGGAACCAGGCACUGCAGUCGGCGCUAUUGGUGCCCAGAGCAUCGGUGAGCCUGGCACUCAAAUGACUUUGAAGACAUUUCAUUUUGCAGGAGUUGCCUCAAUGAACAUCACACUUGGCGUUCCGCGUCUAAAGGAAAUCAUCAAUGCCAGUACUCGAAUUUCGACACCGAUUACAACAGCACCGCUCGUAUUUGACCGAGAGAUGACGGCUGCGCGCAUUGUCAAGGGCCGCGUGCAACGAACACUGCUUGGAGAAAUCGCGUUGUACAUUAAAGAAGUCUACCGCAGCGAUGACUCUUACCUUGCCGUGCGCCUGGAUAAGAGUGUUAUUGAUGCGUUUCAGCUAGAUGUGGAUAUCGUGGAGGUUGCCAUGAGAAUUGUGUCGCACUCGUUUUCAAAAAUUCGCACCUCUAAAAGAGGUCUUGAAAAUAUGCUUCGCCUUAAAAACAAGGAAGCUCGAAAGAAGGAUAUGGAAAGUCGGCCAUACUUUCUUAUGCAAGCAUUGAAGCAUCAAUUACCAAACGUCCCAGUUUGCGGUAUCGGCGCCGUGUCGAGGGCAGUGAUUAGCGAAAGCGACAGCGUGAGAGGCUCUUAUCAUCUCGCGAUUGAGUCAGAUGACAUAGGAAGUGUCAUGACUGUGCCAGGGGUCGAUGGAGUGAACGUCACUUGCAAUCACAUUAUGGCAGUUGAAAAGACUCUUGGUAUCGAGAGUGCAAGGCAAUCGAUUCUGUCUCAAAUUGCGUUCACUAUGAGCUCACAUGGCCUGUCGGUGGCGGAUCACCAUUUGAAACUUCUUGCCGACUGCAUGACGUCGAGUGGAACUGUUCUUGGGAUCACGCGUUUCGGAAUUCAGAAAAUGAGGACUUCGACAUUAAUGCUUGCGAGUUUCGAAAUGACUCUAGAUCAUUUGUUUGAUGCCGCUAUUCACAGCAGAAAGGAUGAAAUCUCUGGGGUUUCGGAACGUAUCAUCAUGGGUGUACCCAUUCCACUCGGUACCGGACUGUUUCGACUGCUUCGGAAAUCAACACCAGACGAUGAGUCUGUUGCUGCCCAGAAACGGAACAUAUUGCUGAAAGAAUCAAUGCCGACAAGAGUGAAUAUUUGAGCGGUGCGUCGGUAUAUGGUGGUGCGGGUCCACCCGGCAUAGAAAGAGUGGUUGAUUGACUUGUAUAUUUUCACAGAUGCUGGUUGAGACGAGCAUCGUUAGGAUUUGUAUCUGUGGCGAGUAUCUCUCACACAAGCUGAGAGGGAUGACUGUGGACUUUCUUAAGUACCUGGCUAUCGAACCCGGUUGCUUUCCUUUACCUAUCAGCCUUCCUAUCCACGACCUCCUAAACCGCUUUCCUCCAUUCCCUAACGACUACUGGUGAAAAUAUAUGCCCCUUAAAUCCCAUGAGACCGAAACGUCUCGACAUCUAUGCAAAAGGUAGUGAAGGGGGCGGGAGGGGGUAGUCGUCGUAAAAGCGGCAAGGAGCGCAGGAGAGUGAAAGCGAGCACACGUGGACACUUGUAUGCAAAAUAGCCAAAACCCCUUAUCUACUGGUCGAGCACAUUGCCGUUGACACCGUUGGCUCCCGCAGGCUUGGGCUUGAGCUCAAGGUUCUUGUGGCUGGCCGGUGUGCCGAUGCAAAGCGUGACAGUGACGUUGUAGUCCUCAGUAAUGGACAUGUCCAGGAUCCUAUUACCGCACUCGUCGGUGGCCACACCGCCGCAUUGCUCGACGACGAAGGCGACCGGGGCAGCUUCGCACAUGAGAUGUACGCCCUCGGACACCAGGACGCCUCCGGUCUGCAUGAGCUGGUUGACGUCGCCGAUGACGCAGCCCGUGGUGAACAUGCUGCAGCAGAGCUUGUCGACCAUGUGGGCCAAGGACUGGGCGAUGGGUGUGCCACGAUGCAGCAGGGCGCGGUCGCCGUAGACGGUGAUGGGGUUUUCUGGGAUGGCAAGGCGCAUGGCCGGCUGCAGGAAGUACUGCAAGGCGACGGGGUGGAGGACGAAGGAGUAGGUGCCGUGGCCCAUGGUGUAGCACAGGGUGGUGGCAGAGCUGAAGGCAGCGUAACCGGCGGCAACCUGGUCGCCGAGAUUCUGACGCAGAUCCAUGCCACGGCCCGGGAGCGAGGCGGACGACUUCCUCUUAUACACAGAAAACAUCAUACCGGCGACGCUGCGCUCCUCGGAGCCGAUAGUAUCAUAAUCAAGAGGGGAGACGCAGACGACGUAGUUGCCGUGCAGGACGGAAUCUGAGAAGGUGAGCGGCUGGUCGCAGCCCUUGGCGAGGACGAUGCAGCAGUAUCCGUCGUGGGCGAGGACUCGGUACAGGCGUUUGAUGGCCAUAUCGGCGGUGACGUCGACGCCGGUGCCGACGGUGCCGUACUGGAAGUGCUCCGAGCGCUCCAUGACGGAGGAGGCGGUGGAGCAAGUGAAGUUUGCGAUGUCGUCGAGCAGGCGGACGAGCUCGCCGGUGUAGUCGACAGGGUAGCGGGCGAACGUGCGGCGCACGUGGGACAGGAAGACGGUGGCGGCCUUGUUGAUGUCCGACGUGAGGCGGAGGCCCAUGGGGGAGGCGGGCGACA